GAUCCCUUUCAAGGUCGCGUUGCUUAGCGUAUAAGAAAAAAACGCCAUAACUAAACUACAUACGGGCAUUUUUUGCCUUGCCGGGAGGUAGCCAUUUUUUGAGGCAAUAAUCCCAGGUUCUAAACCAAAACAGUAAAAUAUGGAGAUGCGCCGUCCGUUUGAUCCGUUGGCACACGAGUUGGAUCCCAAUUUCCGACUCACAAAAUUUGCUGACCUAAAGGGAUGAGGGUGUAAAGUCUCUCAAGAAGUUUUGCUCAAGCUUCUUGAGGGACUUACUCAGGACAGCAAUGCCCAGGACGCGGAGCAGGCGCAUUUCCAGUAUGGAGCACCAUCUCCGCGAAUCGGUAUUGGAAUGGAUUCGUCUAUCACUCCUCUUCGUCACGGUGGUCUUUCUUUGGUUCAAACAACAGAUUUUUUUUAUCCACUUGUGGAUGAUCCCUACAUGAUGGGCAAGAUAACUUGCGCUAAUGUAUUGAGUGAUCUCUAUGCCAUGGGUGUGACAGACUGUGACAACAUGUUGAUGUUGUUGACUUGCAGCAACAAAAUGACAGACAAGGAACGUGAUGUGAUCAUUCCAAUCAUUAUGAGAGGUUUCAAGGAUGCAGCUGAGGAAGCUGGAACCCAAGUGACUGGGGGACAAACAGUUGUCAAUCCUUGGUUAACUAUUGGAGGUGUGGCCACAGCAGUUUGUCAAUCCAACGAGUACAUUAUGCCAGACAAUGCUGUUGUGGGUGAUGUCCUUGUCUUAACAAAACCUUUAGGUACACAAGUUGCUGUCAAUGCCUACCAGUGGUUAGAUCAGCCUGAAAGGUGGAAUCGGGUCAAACUUGUUGUAUCUGAAGAUGAUGUUCGCAAAGCCUAUCAGCGUGCCAUGUUUAGUAUGGCCAGGCUUAACAGGACAGCUUCCCGACUCAUGCACAAGUACAAUGCCCAUGGGGCUACAGAUGUGACAGGGUUUGGUCUUCUUGGUCAUGCCAACAAUCUUGCGAAAAUACAAAAGAACGAAGUAGGCUUUGUGAUUCACAACUUACCUGUUAUUGCUAAGAUGGCUGCUAUAAGUAAAGCUUGUGGCAAUCUGUUUGGUUUACUGCAAGGGACAUCAGCUGAAACUUCAGGUGGGUUGCUGGUAGCACUGCCAAGAGAACAAGCCGCAGCUUUCUGCAAGGACAUAGAAAAACAAGAAGGUUACCAAUCAUGGAUCAUUGGUAUUGUGGAGAAAGGAAACAGAACAGCCAGAAUUAUAGACAAGCCCCGGGUUAUAGAAGUCCCUGCCAAGGAUCGAGAUGGGGAGCUGUGGUAGCUGUGUUCAUGUUGAAUGUAGUGUAUGUUUUGUUGUAUUUCUUAACAUCACAGAUCUUUAGACUAUAGACAUUUGUUCACUGCAUUGGUGUAGUCUAUAAGACCUAUGUUCUCUGGCAUCAAAUAUUUUAGUUUUAUGUCUAUGUUAAUUAUUGAACAGUUGUAUUGUUUUGUUGCUAAACCUAUUUCUAAUCUAUGACUUAGAAGUUGGCAGUAAAUAAGAGUGUUGUUUUUAGAGUUGCCAGGUUUUUAACAAUUUGCCUUUAAACCAUUUGUGCUGUUAUCUAAAGAUAUUAGAUAUACAGAUAGUUCUUUUGAAUAAAAAAAAAUAAUUAAAUUAUAAAAAAAAAUGUAUGAAAGUAAAACUUAAUUAAUUAGUCAAUUCCUGUCUGUUUUCUGCUGGCCUUGAGCAAGCUGUAGCACAUUACAGAAGGACUUAGUCUAAGAGUUCGCCUUCUGGUCUGCCGCUUUCUUAAUGAAGAUAAUAGAUUCUAAGCCCUGAGGGUCAGUCUAUUUAUGUGAGCUAUGUGAAAGGGGUGGACUUAAAGAACUGAUCAUUUUGUCUUGUCACAUUCAUUGAUCAUUGCCUGUCACCAUCAUAGCCCAUGGUUCAAAUAAAUAAUAUAUAUGAUAA